UAAAACAGAAAAGUGCAUGAAGGACCUUUAGGACAAUGAUGGAGACCUGGCUAACAGUGGCCUGGGUCCUGCUAAUGACCAACAUUGCUGAUUGGCUGAAAACUGUCCAGUCACGGGACUUCACCAUGACAGACAUCAUCCUGCUGCAUCCCUCAACUACUCCUCAUCCUGGUGGCUUUAAGUGCUUCACGUGUGAAGACGCUGCAGAUAACUAUGAGUGUAAUCGCUGGGCACCGGAUGUUUACUGUCCAAAAGAUGCCAGAUACUGUCACACACUCCACAUGAUGGAUAACCAUGGCGACAGUGUGUCCGUGACAAAGCGCUGUGUGACCCUGGAGGACUGUCUGUUUAUCGGCUGUGCUGAUGUCACCGAUAAUGGCUAUCAGAUGUGCUCAUCCUGCUGUGAGGGGAACAUCUGUAACAUGUUGGCGCCAAGGAACGCAAGCCACGCCAUCUUCUCCUCGACUUCUCCCCUGGUCAGCUCGAGCAGAGCGUUUCUUCCUGCAGAGCUGAGCAACAUCAUCAUCGGCCUCUUUACAGCUGGACGUUUGAUAGAGAAACUGCAUUUGUGAGACAUAUCAGUGCACAUCAGACCCAACUUUAUGAAGGACACUUUUUUGUGAAACUGAAAUAUUUGCCAAAAGUGAAGAACAAUAAUAACUACAUUUCCUAACCGUUUGGGACAUAUUUUGAGAAUCUUAAAAGUACUGCCGGAAGUAUGAGACACCUUUUUAUUCUACUUCUUAUUCUCUCUGUUUCCUUUUUUAAUUUCUUCUAUGUAUAUGUCUACUUUUUUAAGGGAAGGAAAUAAGAAAAAAGAAAAAAAUAGGUCAUUUGAUUCAUAGCUGUGAGAAUGUACAUUAAUAGCAUUUAAUUUUAUUUAUUUAUUUUUUGGUUGUGUGAACACACUAGCUGCCAAGAGGGGUAUGGGAAGGGUGGGUGAGGGUAAUUUGUUCCUGUUUACUAAAAAAGAAAAACGUACUGUUUGAUGUAACCUGUAUCAUGCAAUUCCUUCAAUAAAAAAAGAAAAUAAUAAAUGUAUGUCCUAAUCUUACGGUAUAUUUAGCCUCUGGGAUUCAUGUAAACUUUAUAGGAUGUUUGAACAAAUAAAAAAACUGAAAACCUAUGUCCAGGACUGUCACUACUGCACCGUUUCUUUUAAAUUAUGUUUCCUUCCUCCUCUCAAACUAUUUUUGAAGCUUUUUUUGUUAAUUUGUUGUUUUUUUUAAGUUGUAUUAAUGUGAAUGUGUUGUUUAACAAUGUUAAUGCAUUUUUUUUUUUUUUUUUUUUUUUUUUUUAGGUUUUGUCAAUAUUAAAGUGCUUGUGAUUCAAUUAAAUUGUUUUUGGGAUGUUACAGGAGUACAUACAAAAUGGAGACUGAUGUUACAUGUUAUUACUGCACUUAACUGUUUGGCAGUGGAGAUCCAAGGGGUGACCUCACCGCCUGGAAUCUGAUUGGCCCCCUACCAGAGUCGGAAGGUGAUAGGUGGUUGGCUUGUUAGGAAGGAUUAAAUAGGACCUACUGCAUGCAGGCCCAGGGCCCCCCAGACAAAACCUCUGUAUGAAGAGACAUUUCUGGUUUUAAGAGCAUUGUGGAUCAGUGUGGUCUCAGAAGGAAAGUGGAGGGUCCCGUUAUGGCUGUGGCCUUUUCUGUGUGGAAUGUUGUCCCAGUGUUGACACGGGUUUUCUCGAGGUGCUCCUGUUUCUCCCACAUUCCAAAGAUAUGCAAUCGGAAACUCAAAAUCACUCACAGCUCUGCAUUUGAUUCUUGAUGUGAAC